GAACAGCAGCGCCGCCCAUCGACUGGCUGUAAAGGUGUGUGAGGAGGGUGACAUACCGGAUAAACUUACUCACUCUUUUCGCACUCACUUUACUGUGAGUUUUGCGUUCGUGACUCCCGUCGAUAAGCUUACAUGAAGGGAUUUUUCUCCAAACAGCAGCAUAAAUGUGUUGUUCCGUGAGCGGGAUAUGGCCGCUGCUCGUCUUUCUCCUGGGAGGAUUCAUAGUACCAGGGGUGCGACAUGUCAGUGGAAUUGAUAUUUCCACACAGAAUGAGGUCCAGGCAGUCAAUGGGACAAAUGUGAAACUGGAGUGCACCUUCAGUUCCAGUCAUCCACUGUCACAGGAAACUGUGACGGUAUCUUGGAGCUUUCGUCCACUUAAUGGAGGGCCUGAGGAGUCGGUGUUUUUCUACCAGGAGGAGCCGUUUCUUCCACUGUCUGGGCUUUUUAAAGGGCAUGCAAUGUGGUCAGGUGAUAUUAUGAAAGGAGAUGCAUCCAUCACCCUGUGUGAGGUGCUCCCAACCUUUAAUGGCACCUACAUCUGCCAGGUUCGCAACAGGCCUGAUGUACAUGGAAUAAAUGGAGAGACCACCCUGACAGUUGUCAACAAAGUUUCUCUGUCUGAGAUCAGCAUUCUGGCAAUAGCAGUGGGAAGUGCCUGUGUUGCCAUUUUGAUCAUUCUGGCAGUCAUUGUCGUGGUGCGGCGUAUGAGGAAAAGGUGUGUGCCUGCUGAGUUUGACAUGCACCCGCAGGAGUGGGAAUGGAAAGACCCAACUGUGUGUAAACCUGAAGAGGCAGUUCAUCUAAAAGGUGUGACCUUGGAGAAAGAAGCUGACAGUUCAGAUGAUGAAGAGUCUGAGCCCAGCAGUGGAGACGAUGAUGAGGAGGAGGAAGGCGGAGGAGGAUGAUGAUGAUGACGAUGAUUGAAUCAGGGCCACUUAAUCAAUGUCAUGUCUUUCCUGUUGCAGCAUCGGCCAUUUUGACAUCUGUUAAAAUGGUGUAAAUGUUCACAAAUUUUAAGUCCAGUCAGGUAAUGUAAUUAUUGUACACAAGUAUUUGUCAGAGUGCAAUGCAUUGUGGGCACUGAUUGACGAGAUACAUUACAGCAAAUGUUCUUCU